AUGCGUAGAAGGGCAGCCCAGCGGUUAGUUAAAAGGGUUCAGCAGCAGCAUUUCGUUUCCGAAUACCGACGUCUGGCCGACAACCAACAAGUAGACCGCCGAUCCAAGCUUAGAUUUCUCCACCCGCGUCUGGUUGAUGGUCUUAUUCGUCUUGGCGGCCGGCUACACAAUGCGCACAUUGCGGUAGAUGUGAAGCACCCUAUUGUCCUGCCACCAAAACAUCGGCUCACCAUCCUUAUAGCCAGGCAGACGCACCUUAAAACGCAUCACGGUGGACCUGAACUAGUGUUACCCACGCUUCGCCGAAGAUUUUGGCCUCUUGGCGGCCGGAAUCUGGUCCGUAAGAUUUACCAUGAUUGCUUCACCUGCACAAGAAUGAGACCAUCCCCUCUGCAGCAGUUGAUGGGUGAUCUUCCCGCUGUACGAGUGCAUCAAGCGUACCCGUUCCAAAACGUUGGAAUCGACUACGCGGGGCCUGUUUACGUUCGAACAGCGAACACCCGACGAACCGUACUGGUUAAGGGAUACAUCGCAGUAUUUGUCUGCCUCGUUACAAAGGCCGUUCAUUUGGAACUGGUCGACAGCCUCACAACGGAAGCAUUCAUUGCAUGUCUACGUCGGUUCAUCGGUCGUCGUGGCAAGCCCUCCAACGUCUACUGCGAUAACGCGCAGACAUUCGUCGGUGCUCACCGAGAGUUGGAAGAACUUCGACGCAGAUUCGUGACCCAGCAACACCGAGAAGCAGUAAGCAAUACAUUCGCUGAAGAUGGAGUUCACUUCCACUUCAUCCCUCCACGGUCUCCUAAUUUUGGAGGAAUAUGGGAAGCCUGCGUGAAGUCCACCAAGAAUCUGCUCCGUAAGAUAAUUGGAAACGCACACUUCACUGAGUCGGAGUUCAGUACUGCGUUGAUCCAAGUCGAAGCUCAGCUAAACUCGCGGCCAAUUACACCGUUACCGAACAGUCCGGAUGAUCAACUUGCCCUUACACCGGGACAUUUCUUGGCGGGUAGACCACUGAAUGCAGCCCCGGAGCCUGACCUAUCUGAGGUUCCAGAGAAUCGACUAUCCAGAUGGCGAAGGGUGCAGAAAGUGACACGCCAAUUUUGGAACCGUUGGCAUAGCGAGUACUUGCUAACGCUGCAGAAACGCUACCGUUGGACAGAAGAACUGGACAACGUCAUGGUUGGAUCGAUCGUUGCACUCAGGACGAGAAGCUCCCGCCGCAGAAGUGGUCACUUGGUCGGAUUUUGGCAAUUAGACCUGGCCACGAUGGUCUGGUUCGAGUGGCAACAGUACGCACAAGCUUCGGGACGUCAGAUCGUGCAAUAUCUAAGUUGUGUCUACUUCCAACGGAAAUUGAUCCGGUGA